AUCGAAUUUCAAUAUCUAGAUUUUGUUUCUAAUUCUACUCUUUUUCUCAUUAAAUGAAGGUUCAGGAGGAUAUAGAUAUUUGCUAGAGCCUCUUUGGUGGAUUGGCAUGGUAACCAUGAUCAUUGGAGAAUUUGCCAAUUUUGUAGCUUACAUUUAUGCUCCUGCUGUUCUUGUUACACCUCUUGGAGCAUUAAGUAUAAUUGUUAGUGCUGUUUUAGCUCAUUUUUUAUUGAAAGAGAAAUUGCGGAAGGUAGGAAUAUUGGGAUGCAUUUUAUGUAUAGUGGGUUCUACCAUAAUUGUACUUCACGCACCUGGUGAACAUAGUCUUAGUUCUGUGGAAGAAAUCUGGGUAUUAGCAAUACAGCCAGCUUUUCUUUUGUAUACAGCCUCAGCAGUGGCAGUGACAUUGGUACUAGUUUUGUAUUGUGAACCACGCUAUGGGCAGACAAAUAUAAUGGUUUAUAUUGGCGUUUGUUCUAUUAUUGGAUCCUUAACGGUUAUGAGCAUUAAAGCGGUAGGUAUUGCUAUAAGACUUACAAUCGAGGGCUCAAGCCAGGUGGCCUCCUUCCAAACGUGGGUGUUUGUCAUGGUUGCAGCUAGUUGUAUAACCACUCAGUUAAACUACUUAAACAAGCUUAUAUUCAGGUACACAAUCAUAUACGAAGGGAAAGAGGCGGCUUCUUUUACAGCAGAAGUAAAUAAGCAAUAGUCUAUAAAUAUUAAUAGUCUUCCAACUCUAGUCUUAUAUAAUUCUUACCAUAAAAUUGUAAAGCAAAUGCACUUAACAA